UUUGAACCGGCUUCUCCAUGGCCUGGGCACCAGUUCCCGGCUGAGCCGUUUUCUUUUUGGCUAAAAGCCCCCGCCCAGAGGCCGAUUCGUCGCGGCGGCGGUGGAGAUCGCAGGUCACUCAGGCUGGAGUGCAGUGGCACCUUCUCAGCUCACUGCAACCUCUGCCUCCCGGGUUCAAAUGAUUCUCCAGCCAUAGCCUUCCAAGUACCAGAGAUUACAGGCUUGCAGAUGGGUCAAGGGCUGUGGAGAGUGGUCAGAAACCAGCAGCUACAACAAGAAGGCUACAGUGAGCAAGGCUACCUCACCAGAGAGCAGAGCAGGAGGAUGGCUGCAAACAACAUUUCUAACACCAGUCAUCGUAAACAAGUCCAAGGAGGCAUUGACAUAUAUCAUCUUUUGAAGGCAAGGAAAUCUAAAGAACAGGAAGGAUUCAUUAAUUUGGAAAUGUUGCCUCCUGAGCUAAGCUUUACCAUCUUGUCCUACCUGAAUGCAACUGACCUUUGCUUGGCUUCAUGUGUUUGGCAGGACCUCGCGAAUGAUGAACUUCUCUGGCAAGGGUUGUGCAAAUCCACUUGGGGUCACUGUUCUAUAUACAAUAAGAACCCACCUUUAGGAUUUUCUUUUAGAAAAUUGUAUAUGCAGCUGGAUGAAGGCAGCCUCACCUUUAAUGCCAACCCAGAUGAGGGAGUGAACUACUUUAUGUCCAAGGGUAUCCUAGAUGAUUCGCCAAAGGAAAUAGCAAAGUUUAUCUUCUGUACAAGAACUCUAAAUUGGAAAAAACUGAGAAUCUAUCUUGAUGAAAGGAGAGAUGUCUUGGAUGACCUUGUAACGUUGCAUAAUUUUAGAAAUCAGUUCUUGCCAAAUGCACUGAGAGAAUUUUUUCGUCAUAUCCAUGCCCCUGAAGAGCGUGGAGAGUAUCUUGAAACUCUUAUAACAAAGUUCUCACAUAGGUUCUGUGCUUGUAACCCUGAUUUAAUGAGAGAACUUGGCCUUAGUCCCGAUGCUGUCUAUGUACUGUGCUACUCUUUGAUUCUACUUUCCAUUGACCUCACUAGCCCUCAUGUGAAGAAUAAAAUGUCAAAAAGAGAAUUUAUUCGAAAUACCCGUCGCGCUGCUCAGAAUAUUAGUGAAGAUUUUGUAGGGCACCUUUAUGACAAUAUCUACCUUAUUGGCCAUGUGGCUGCAUAAAAGCACAAUUGCUAGGACUUCAAGUUUUUACUUCAGACUAAAGCUACCCAAGGACUUAGCAGAUGUGGGGGUUACAUCAGCGUUGGUCAUUGUAGCCUGUGUAUACAAUCAAGCUUCAGUGUACAACCUUUUUUCUUUUGUCAUUUUUUAUUUUGGUAAUUUCUUUGGGGAACUAAAUAAUUUUGAAGAAUUUUUCCUAAUUUUGUUUAUCAUGUUUUGCACAAAGCAGAGCCAUUGUCUAACACAGCUGUUAAAGAAUGAUAAACUGACAUACUCUAAAAGAUGGUGUAUUUGUGCAUUAGAUUUGCCUGAAAAAUUUUAUCCAUUUCCAUUCUUUAUACAAAUACCAUGUAAUAUGUACAUAUUAAACUAAAGAGAUUUAUAGUCAUAAUUAUUUUAUUUUAAAGAUUUUAACUAAAGUUUUUCCUUUUCUCUCAAA